AUGAGCCAAAGAAAUAAUAAUCGAAAUCGUAAUCGUAGCUCAAAUUCUACGAGAGAAUCUUUAUCACACCCAUAUUGGCAUGCGGCAGCAUAUUAUUUUAUGGAAGCAUUACGUGUUUCCACAUCGACAUCAACGUCGGCACCUCAAAUAUUAUUGCCAUUUUUCCCUUCACCUGCUGCCUUCUCACCAAAUUCACCAAAUUCAUCAUCUCCUAUACAACCGACACCUCAAAAUCCAUAUCAUCGUAAUAAUACAAUAAAUAAUCUUGCUAGUAUUUUUAGAACCGUCGCUUUGGAUUAUGAGAAUGUGGAAUCACAUACGUUAAAUUCGUUAUCUUCUACAUCAAUACGCCAAACGUUAUUUAAUUCGACUCAUCAAAAUACCGCCGAUAAUCAAUCAUCUAAUGAUAGAAAUCAAGUUAUCUCUGCUUCGCACGGCGCGUCAAUUCAUCCUUCUGCAUCUCCUAAUUUUACUCUAGAUUCAUUUCCAUAUACGUUAUCAACAUUGGAAAGGUAUGAGAUCCAAAUUCGUUUACAAGGUAAAGUUACACCGACGAAUAUAAUCUCAUCACGACUAUUGAAAAAUUUGAUCAUAAAUUGUAAGGAUGAUCAUAAAUCAAGUAUAAAUUCUCAAGGUAACAUCUAUUGUAAAAAAGGGAAUAACGUCUAUCAUUAUCAUAACUUGAGUAAUGCUAGCUUUUACUCUAAAAGGGAAGAUGGUUCUUCUAUUUAUGUUGACCGAUUUGGUGAUAUUACUUAUAAAACUAAAGAACAAGAAAGAUUUGAUCGUGUCGGUAUUAAUGGUUUAAUCUAUCUAUAA